CCUCUCCUUAUCGUUCGAAAGAUCGGUCCUCAUUCAUAUAAUAGUACGACUGCGUAUAACGGCCAGAUGCUGUGUACUCAUUAUGUGAUUGAGAUUUUUUUAUUGAGGAACCCAGGCUCACGGUUACACCACUAUCACACACAACAUGUCGUCUUCCCCAGAAUCCUCAUAUGCCUCUUCACGAUCGCCUCCUGAAUCGGACGCUUCCUCUCUCACAGAGAUAUCAUCUCAGACCACAAGCCUGCCUGAUAGGACCGCGAGGCCUAACGAGAGCUCUAAGUCCACUUUUCUCUUUGUCGACUGCCAGGCAGACACAACGCGCAAUUCAAGAGUCGGCAAGCAGAAGCAGGCAUUUCUCCAGAAGAGAUACCAUGAAAAGCAGAAGCAGGCCUCUAUCGAUAGAUUGAAGACUUCGAAGCCCUUGUCAAAAGCGCGCCUACAGCUCGCUCACACACUAGCAAGUGAUGCUACGAACGCAUUCUCUUUCAACACUCUAUUGCGCAAGAACACGGAACACGAGGAGACAGAAAACCAUAAUGGCUCUUCCAAGCAGAUCAGUAAGAUAGCUGAGAUGUGGUCUCUGAAGGCAUAUCUCAGCCAGGGCUAUGUGGACCCGUUCUCUUCCUCGGCAGUGAAUAUGACGGACUCGAUGAAUUUGUAUUUUCAUCACUUUAGGAUCCACACUAUCGCAUCAUGCUAUCCCCUUGAUUCCACACGGAUGAGUAUCUGGUGGUGGCAGAGGGCGAUCACUCAGCCAGCCCUGCUCCAGGCCCUUCUCUUCCUGACUGCAGGCCACCACGCAACUCUAGAAUCCAACAACGGGGUCUCAUCCACCGCCAUUCAACGGUCAAUUAAAGACUCGCUUCGCCUUCGAGGCGAUACACUUAAGACCCUGAACCAUAUUCUUCAAGAUCCCGUAAAGGCUGUCGCUGAGUCGACCACUCUUAUCGUAGCUUCCCUUGUGGCAAUUGAGGCUGUUGAUGCUAAUGUCGAGGCUCUUCACGCCCACACGAAGGGACUCAAAAGGCUUAUAGACUUGCUGGGUGGCCUGGAUUCGUUAGACCACAUGACCCUUUCCAAGAUCUACCAGAGCGACGUCAAAAGCGCAGCUCUGAAAAACUCACGACCCACCUUCCCGAUGUCCGCCAGAUUCCGAAGUGAGAUCCUGCAAGAGUCAAUAGUCUUCCGGGCAAAUGAUAGUCUUCAAAUCCCGGGAGACCUAUCCUCACUCGGCAAGAACUUCUUUAACGCUCCCUGGUACUCGGAGCUCGCUCCUAGAAUGAAGACCUUACUUCAGGUACUUCGACGACUAAUCCUAUACUUCGAAGCUGCACAACGUCAACCAUCUAUCGUGAUGCCUACUGACAAUGACCUCUUCCUUGUUUUUGAACAUCAACUACUAUCAUUCAGCUACGCAGCGGAAGCCGAUAAUCUUCAGGAGCCUCUGCGCCUUUCGCUGCUGAUUUACAUUAAUCUGCGGAUCUGGCAUUUCCAGACCUUCCCUUUCAUGCAAUACAUGGUAGAGGCUUUGAGACAGAGUCUCGCUCCAAGGAUGCCUUAUUUCCAGAAGACAGCUCCGGACCUGCUGUUCUGGACUCUAUUCAUUGGUGGCAUGGCUUCUCUGGGGUAUAAGUGUCAUCCCUGGUUUGUUGUCCGGUUAACGGACAUGGCUCAACGUCUUGGGUUAGAUGAAUGGGUAAAGGCACGAUCUUUACUGGCGGGCUUCUUUUACACGGAUCAACCUGCGGAAAAGGAGUCUGAUAAUCUGUGGAAUGAAGUUCUCUUGUCAGAGAGUUAUCGUUAUAUUGCGCCUAAGCCGACCUUGCAUGUAGUCAGGGCAUGAACGGACCUGUUAAAGGCCGGGAAGUUCACUCAAACAUGAAGUAUCGUAACGAGAAGAUGCCAUAUAAUCCUUUUACAGCGAAUAUAGGCUCAUGAACUAUGUAUAUCUUGAGAAUUGCGCUAUUGGUAUCCUAUCUUAACCCUCUUUAUAUUAUCUUUUACACCCUCC